AUGUCUCCAGUUUUACAUAAAUUCCCAACGGUUUCUGAAUUAACCAAAAAUUUUAUUAAUCAAUUAAUUAUUGUACAAAAUAAAGCUAUUGAGGAAAGGGGUAAAUUUAUUAUUGGUUUAAGUGGUGGCUCAAUUAUUAAUGUAUUACAUGCAUUAGUCCAACCUGAAUUCCAUGGUCUAAUUCAUUGGAGUAAGUGGCUAAUUUUUUUUUGUGAUGAGAGAUUAGUUCCAUUAGAUGAUUUAACCAAUUCUACUUAUGCUCAAUUUAAAGAAAAAGUAUUAGACAAUUUAAAAACAGAAGAAGGUCCUGUUGUUUACACUAUUAAUGAAAACUUAAUAAGUUUUCAAGAAUAUGAUAAAAUUGCUCAGGAAUAUGAAACUUUGAUUGUGGACAAUGUCAUUAAUAACAACAAAUUCACUGGAGCACAUGGCAAAUUUGAUUUGUUGUUGUUAGGUUGUGGUCCAGAUGGUCACACUUGUUCUAUCUUUCCUGGGGAAACCCAUAAAUAUUUGAUUGAUAACAAAGAUGACAAAUAUGUAUUGUAUUGUCAUGAUUCUCCAAAACCCCCUCCAAAUAGAAUCACUAUGACUUUUAAAACCUUAGGCAGCACCCACCAUAUUUGGUUUAUUGCUAUGGGAAGUAGUAAAGUUGAUAUUCUUAAAGAUAUUUUUAUAUCAAAAAAUACAAAUUUGCCCUGUGUUAAAGUUAACCAAUCUUUUAAUAAUAUUGUGGAAUGGUUUGUUGAUGAAAGCAGUGUGAAAGGAUUACCCUUAUAA